UCUACAUUUCGAUAUCUCUGACACUUGAUUGCAUCGGAUCGUUCCAUAUCAGCAUAGCUAUUUGUUUUCAUAGUAUUGCCUUUACUCUUCAAAGGUUUCAAUCUUUUUUCGUUGUUGUCUGUUAUGGAUGCGGAUGGUGUCGAAUCGUAACCGUAUCGUGUGAUCAGUGCGAAGAUAUUCGAGUUUCACAGUUUUGUCCCAAGUGACAAAGUACGUGGUGAUAUUGCCGUUAAAAAUACCGUGCGUUUUGUAUUUAUUUUGUAUUUAAAAGUAUGUGCGUUUUUAAUUUCAAUUUUUUUAUAUUUCGGUCGCGAAGGUGUGUGAGAGUGCUUGUGUGAGAGUGUCAGUGCCUUGAAGGGCUUUAAGGAUUGAAAGACUGAGAGGACAAGGAGGCCCAGGAAGGGCAUCGGGUGCCGGCGGAACAGCUGUAAGAUCAACUUGUAAACAACUCCGCUGCUGCGCAUCGUGCCGAUGUUAACGUCACGAGCCAGUUGAAAAAAAAUUGCGAUGCCGUAGUCGUCGCUAUGAGCGAGAGCCGAUGCUACACGGAUUCGCCCGUGCUCGCCGAACAUCAGCCCUUCAACCGUAAUGGGAAGGCGCUCAGGGGAUCCAAGAAGAGCGUACUAUUCUAUACAACUGACUGCGGAGACGAAAAAGAGGACUUGGGUCUCAAGCUUCAACAGCGAUCUGUCUCAUUGACCGCCCUGCACACCGGAGUUGGCGCACAACAGCAGUUAUUGGAACCUAGAAUGGCGCAAUUAGAGACGUUGGAAGCUAAGAUGGCCAGUAUAGAAGUGUCGCUUUCGACAACGCCGAGGCGAAAAAAGGGUGGCAGUAUUUCCGGAGGCGUUACGUCUCCCGCUGGUCACCGGAACAGAGAUCAUUAUAAAGAACUGGACGCUCUCCGUGUCGCUCUGCGCGAUAAAGAAAACAUCAUACAGACGCUCAAGGGCCAGCUCUGCAACACGCUGAGCAAUAGACUGGCAUUACGCAACGGCGCGCCACCCUUGACCGAGGCCGACAGGAAAGCAGCGGAGGAACGGCUUCAAAGGUUGCGACGGGACGCCGACAAUAAGCGACUGGCUAUUAAGAAUCUGAAGCUAGCACUCGAGCGUCUCGACAUCACGGAUAAUAUCGAUGUCCGAAUACAACAAGCAGAAUUGGAGUACAGACUAGGCCGCGAAGAACUCGAGUUGCUGACUCUUCACGAGGAGAGCAGAGCUCUCCAAACCGCUGUAGAGUUGGCCGAAACUCAAGAAAAGCAAAAGAAUGAUACAAUAUUCAGCUGCAUUUCCGGUUCGACACAAGUCACGAUUCACGCGGUGGAAGUCAGCGCAGAUCCGAAAAGUCCUCGUUUCGGGGCUGGGCCCAGAGACGACGCAACUGGUCUUUACGUCGAUUGGGCCGUGGAAGAUUCCGGUCUUUGCAAGGGAGACAGGAUUUUGGAGGUAAACGGAAAACUGGUGGUAGGAGCAGGUAGGAGCGAUCUGGCGCGACUUCUGGCUGUUGCACCCGACGCUGCGCAAAUAGUAGUUCUUCGAAAAGGCGAAUCUCUUGCGGCAUUGCGUACGCUUCGUUCUGAUAAUCUUAGAUUGACGCACAGAAUCGGUUAUCUCGAGGAACAAGUAAGAGAUCUUUUAGCACCGAGCAGAACUGAGGUCCCUGCCGAAGAUCCGCCACCGAAUCGUCAAGAACAUGUGCAGGUCUUCCAGAAAGGUCCUCAAGUGACAGCGCUGGUGGCGAAUUUACCCGGUCUCAACGUAAAAAGUUGUACAGAAUUACGACAAAGUUUGCCGACUGUCAGAAGCAGGCACAGCGAUCAUUCCAGACGUCUAACAGACUCGAAAAAUCCGCGUGAACUCGACUUCUCAUCCGACGGAGUCGCGAACAGCCAUCACAAGUCCCGAAACAGACAAAAACAUCAGGGACUCCAGCUGGCAAGGUCGACAGCCAGUCUCGAUUGCAAACAGUCGCCGAUGCAAUCGCAAAUGCAACGUCGAAGAUCGCCACGCGUCGAGUCUGCUAUGGAGCACUUGCAUAAAAGUCGUAGAAACAGCUCUCAACUGCAAUCUCUAGAAUUCGACUCUGAGCCAACUUAUUAUCGCUUACAGGAUACCCAAUCUCGCGUGUCGGAAAAUUCGGAAGCAUCGAUGGCGUACAGCUGCCAGGAAACGAAGACUCGUCCGGCGCCGCCAAAGAAGCCGUUGCGUCUCUCCUUGCAUCGCGCGGCGAGUCUUCAAUCUGUGGAAAGCGCACCACCAACCGCGCCGCAGCAUGAUGUGACACGGAAGCCGACGAAGAGAAACCACCGCGGCGAUCCGCCCAUGGAGAAGAACGUACCUCGACGCGAAAUGAAUGGGGACGCAAGCUUGCAGGAAUCUCAUGUUAGCCCGCCGCAACCGCCCCCGAGAACACCCUCCAGAGCGGAAUCGUGCCAAAGCGCGCUGCGGUGGCCCUCUCCGAAGCCGAGACCUCAUUUAACGUCCGUGCCGAUGGAGAAAUGGUGCUGAACAUUCGCACGGAUAGCAUUUCUCGAACGAGAAAGCGAGAAAAGGAACGAUAGCUGGAAAUAUUUCUCGAAAUACGUGAAAAUUGCCGAAGCACAUAUCAAACAUAGUUAUAUACAGUUAUUUUUCUAUCUGCCUUGAUAUUAUAAAUUGCGAGAAGAAUGCAUGAAGAUGUAUCUAAUGGAUCUUUGAGACGCACAUAGUUUAAAUUGAUUAUAUAUAGUUACGAACUAGUAAUGUGUUAAAAAAAGAGUUCGAUUGCUUUAUUAAAUUUCAUGACUAGCACAUUCCAUCGAAUCAAGAUUAGUUUUAAGUGUACAAUAUAAGACCCAUUUAUGCACGAUGUAAUAUCAUAAUAUUACAUCGAGAAUAUAUAUGUCAUGUUGCGAGAAAAAUUAGAAUUUAAUUAGAAGUUAAUUAGAAUUUUUUAAAGAUUAAUAUGUCUGUGACGAAAUUCUAAUAUAUCUUUGCAUUAAAUUUUGCACUUGCUCAUUUUCUAAACUAAAAUAUUUAUCUUAUCCGAAAGAAUGAAAAGACAUAAGACUGAUAAAUCAUAUCUGUUACGGAUAAUACUUUGGACAAAUCUAGUGGCAAAUAAACUGUACAAAUCCAUAAAAUGCGCGCCUGGAACUUCUAAUUUACAUGUUUUAUAUAAACGUUCUAAUUUUUAUUUUAAAAAAUUCUAGUAAUUAGCAAAAACAAUAUUUAAUAUUCUUCAAAAGAGCAUUACAAUUCUUUUUCAUUUUUUAAUAAAUUGAAAGCUUUAAAAUCAAUGCUCAGUCGUUAAAUUUAAUUUGCUAAAUGUGCAUUGUGGUUGCAAUAAUUAAUUUAAUUGUUCAAUUUCCAGGAAAGACGUAAUGUAUUUGCUGAUGCAAUGCUAUAUAUAGAAAUGAUAAAUAAUAUUGCAAUUUUACAACAGAAUUAACGUACAAUUCUAUUUUAGUUAAAUGUAUAAAUGUAUAAAGUUAUAAUAACCUAAUUUUAGAAUAAACUAAUAAU